AUGAACACCACCCAUCUUUCUAUUGAGGAACGCCGCACAAUGGAGUACCUGGAGAGCGUAAAAACGCGUCUCGUCCAACUCCACGAAUCCAUUCACUUCUUCUUGCGCUCCAUCAACCCCGAAACCACUCCCGGCACAGUAUCAUGGACGGAGCUGCACUCAAAGUUCAACGUCCUUAUCGCAAAAUACCUGCACUUAACCAACAUCCUCAACAAUCCCCAGAUCACCCUCCAACCACGGGACUACACCGUCUUCCCCUUUGAACCACCCGCAAAUGAUCAACAGGUCCAGAACCUCUCUGUUCUUCUUCGGACAAAACUCUUUCCGGAACUGGAACAGGCAGAUGAAGAGAGGAUCAAGGAGGGAACUAUCCCGGGGCUGCCUGUUCUGCCACCAUCGCCUGCACCUAAUAAGGCGGUUAACCCUACAGCUGUGAAUGUUCCUUAUGGAACUCCUGAGGAGAAGAAGCAGUGGAAUGUGUACAAGCUCAAGGUUGCGAUGCACGAUGAGCUUUGUAGGAAAGCGGACGGGAUUUUCGAACAGCAGAGAGACAUGGUUCAUACCAAGGUGCGAUACGAAUCCGACGACGAUGACGAGGAUGGCAGUGAGGAGGAAGUAGCAGUCGGAGACGAGAACGGAGGAGGAGGUACCAAGCGUGAGAGAGAUACACCAUCGGCAGCUGGAAUUAGCAAUAAGAAGGCGAAAGUUGAAGCGAACCCGUUGCCUACGGACGAGUUUUUGGGCAGCUCGUCGGCUUCGGUCUGGUAUGUGGAUGACUGGGCGGGAAAUUUGAAUGAUGUGGACGGAUACAGUUCAGGAGCAGAUGAUCAGGCGGGAGAGGGUGCUGGAGUUGAGGGCGACGGUGUGUUUGAUGACAGCUACUUUGAGGCACGGCGGCGGGAAGGCGCACUGAGUAGCGAUGACGAUGACGACGAGGAGGAGUCUAAUGAGGAGGAACUUGAGUCUUUGCAAGGCGAUGAACCCGCUGAGCAGAGUUUGGAGCAGGGGCAUGAGGAGGAGAAGGAGGAGGAGGAUGCAUUCAUGGAGGUCGUCUCGCCUGCUGCUCCUAUCAGCUCACAGAUUUCAUCAGCUGGAUCCAAUGUCAGCAUGGCCCCAGCAGUGGAGACAUUUGAGGAGGACGAUGAUGACGAAGAAGAAAUGGAGGAAGUAGAAAUCGCCUAA